CUCCGCAGUCGGCUUUAGCAGUGCCGUGCGGGACGUGCACACACUUAUCGCUGGGUCUGACGCGCGUUUUAGGACUACCGAACCAGACUCUCAGCGCUGCGAACGAUAACGGCAUCGAUAGCGCGCGCCACAGCAGCAGAGGCCCCUGAGUGCUGCAGUGCUCAAAUUUGUGCGGCGCGCGGACGUAAAGAUGAAAGGCUCGAACCAGACGAGCCGCGCCAUCAUCCGGGGCGGCGCGAACACGGGCCGUUUUGACAGAGGAGAAGAUGUGCCGAAUGCGGGCGACGUUACGCUGCGGGACCCGGUCUCGCAGGGGCCCAUCGAGACGCACGCGCUCUAUGGUGCGGCCACGCCCAAUGUCGGCAGCGCGUGGGCUUUGCCACGAGCCCAUCCCCUGUGGGCGCCCAUGGACUUUGAAUGUAAGGAACUAACGAAGGAGACACCGGCGCAGCGGGAAGAGCGCUUGGCGCGCUUCGAGCCGCCCGCGGAACCGCGGCGCCAGCUCACUUCCGAAGAAAUCGUAGACGUGAGAAACAAGUGCCGGGCCCACUUCGCCUCGAAAAAAAAUACGGAAGCGGGCCGCGUCGACUUUAUGGCAUCAGACAAGUUCGCGGGCAAAAAACCGGGCUACUACUUCGGGCGGAGCGCCAAAGGCAUGGGGUAUCAUAUCGAUUAUGCCCAGAUGCGCCGAUUGAUGACGUUGUCGCCGGGCGACCGGUGCGAAGCUAGAUAUCAGAAGGUACGGCGGUAUUUUGAUGGAGUCGUCUGCGCGGCGCACGUAUGAAACGGCGUCCUUUGUCACGGCGCGUCGCGUCGAUGGCGUCGAGUUCACAGCGCGUCGCGUCGAUGGCGUCGGGGGUCCACGCCGUCGCUCGAAGCAACCGCGUCGCACCGACGCCGUCGCGGCGAGAGAGCGAGAGCGAGUGAUCCACAACACAGGACGACGACUGCUCCUACGACGUCCGCUUCAAGCACGGCCACGUCCAGCUGCGCGUACCAUGUGAACACUGUAGGAAGAAGGCCUGGGUCGGCGUCCUCAAGGAAAAUGACGGCGUGAGCCGGUCGCUGAUGGCGGCGAACCCCUUGACCGAGAAGAACGACGCGUCCGUGCGGUGGUACGAGAAGCUGCUGCUGUGGGAGCAGGGGAAGCUAGAAGAGGCGCCGUCUCCCGAUUUUGAAGAGGGUGGUAAUCCGCUGGCGUUGCUCGAGGCCAUGGCGCUCGCCGAGGACCAGGACGUUUCGGAUGAAGCGCCCCGACUGGAUAAUGCGGGCGCGGAGGCCCUCGUCGCGUCGAGCACGAAACCCGAGAGCGCCUCGUAUCAACGCGUCUGGGACGAGGACGGCCGGCCUCUACGAUCAGGACCGCCGACGCACCAGGACUAUUAUGGUAAUGAUGCGCCAGCAUCACAGGAAGAACUAAGCGCCACGCGCGACAAGCCCUAUUUACUAAAUGGCGACGACUCCGUCCAGAAGUGGAUCACUACACCUAGUGAAUCGGAGAAGAAGCCAGCUGCGGGCUCGUGUGUCGAGUGCCACGUCAUCAAGAGACAUCUAGAUGGUUCGAUUUGCGCGACGACGCACGACGGCGACCCCUUACAACUGAAACUUUUUUGCGAUGAGGACCGGAACGGCGUGCCAAAUGCAGACCGCUACGUCCAGGGCCUGCACGAGGGCUUGAGUUCGAUGCGCGUCGGGGAAAUAGCGCACUUCGUCGUCGCGCCGGAAAAGGCCUAUGGUCUCAAAGGUUUAUAUCCGACGGUGCCCGGGGCGACGAAACGACACCCGCGGGGGUCUUGGUUGUGGUACGAGGUCGAGUUACUAGCCAUCGAGGAAGACGCCUCGACGACACAGAUCACGGACCCGCGGUCCUUCUUCUUAUUGCAGCGGCCGGACGGCUACGACUGGACCGGAUUGACGCAACAGGAAGAUCAAGCCUGCGGUUUUUGUGGAAGGCCGGAGCGAGCCCUGCACCAGCGCAAAUUUAGGAAGUGCGGCCGCUGUAAAGUACAAAUCUACUGCUCCGCGGACUGCGCCAAGCGGCACUGGCCCACGCACAAGCUCACGUGCUCGAAACCGGAAGAUCAUCUCGUGCUCGAGGCCGAGGCGUCUCUCACACAUGCGUUAACUGUGAAAAGAGACGACGCCGUCGCGACAUAUAUCUCCACGAAACUAGGACAUGUACCACCCAAGAUCUUGGUGAUCGUCGCGUAUCGGAACCAGUUACCCUUACAGGACCGCCAGCCGCAGUUGUUCAAGUUCGUGCCCUACAUGAUCGCGUUCCUCGGAAGUUGUCGACCGCGACCGGAUUUUAAGAUUGUCGUCGCGACGCAGACGGAUGAUGGGCGGAAGUUCAAUCGAGGAAGGUUGAUGAACGCGGCCUUCCGGGAGAUGCGCGGUGACGAGUAUGAUAGUGUGAUCUUCCACGACGUGGAUAUCCUCCCUUCCGAAGAGCUCAUGCCCUACUACGCCACGCCACCUUGUGAAGGGAGACCCUGCCAUCUCGGGGGACGGUGGCGCUCGAAAUAUACGGAGGAUGCCUUUGUCGGGGGCGCCAUCGCCUUUCGUCCCGCAGACUUCGUGAGAAUUAAUGGCUACGCGAACGACAACUGGGGCUGGGGUUUGGACGACGAGGAGUUAGGUCUGAGGAUGGUCGAGUGCGGUUUAAGGGUUGUGAAGCCUUCUGUUGGAACUUAUUGUGAUUUGGACCCGAUCAACCUACACAACAUUGUUCAUAGUGAUGAAAGGGGCUACUACUCCGAGUGGUGGAAUCUGGACAUGGAGAACGGUAAAUGUAAACCGAAGCUGGGUGCCAUCGAUUGGUCGCUUUAUAAAACGUGGUUCCGGGCGCGGGGGCUCUGCGACAUCGCCGGGAACUCGGAAUUGGUGGCGAGGACGCACGAGUUCGGGGGAAGGGUCGUGCGUCUGUUAUAUGCUCUGGAGAACGACCAUGAACGGAAGGAGGGCACCGUCGCCCUCGUGUCCGCGCGCAUGUCGAUGCGCGCUUGUUUAGAUCGGUGUGGAAAUCAAAAGUUCACUUCAUGCUGAAUCAUCGCGUCGUCCUCCACGCCAUCGACGCGCCACCUGCUCGAUGGCGUGGCGAUGCCGGUUCCUCACCGCUCGACGGAGCCCGCACGGCCGCGUCGUCGCCGAGAAUGCACCCGACACACUGGUUGAUGUCCACACAGGUUUAGAUGCGAAGCUGACCGGACCGGUCGCUGAGAGAGCCUUGGCGCA